UUAAACUAGUGUAUCAUCCUUUAGUUAAAGGAUCUUACAAAAAACAGAUAUGGUUGUUUUGAUCCAUUUUAAAACAGACUACAAAACCUCAAAUAGCUGACAUGCAGAAAGCACCAGCAUGACAGGAAAUGAAGUUAUAAAAUCGGCUAUCGUGUGGGUUCAUCACGCAGUUGGACAUGUCAUGUCCACCACGAAUCACAAACAAGUCUCUCUCCAUCAGGAUGAUAUACAUGUGGAUUGUUUUAAUUUUUCUUGAUCUAGGCGGUAAGUAUUAUUCACAUUAUUUAGCUAAAAUUUUGUCUUUGUUUUAAUACGAAAACAGCAUUUUUAGUUUAUUUUUCUGUAGAAUAUUUUGUUGUCCCAUUUAUGUCUCAUUUAUGAGUUGGUCUUUGAAUAUAGACAACAUUUCUGCUGAAAUACUGUCACAUGUACGGGAAUAAAUUUACAAUGAAAACUGUUUUUACCCGUUAUUAAUGGUAAUUAUUUUUGGAUUAUGCAGAUUCACUGAUUUCAGUGACCACAGGCCAGCUAGGUGAACCUGUAACUUUUACUUGCUGGCUUUCUGAUUCGGACUACAGUAACACUCGAGUGAAGUGGUAUAAACAGACUAAUGGAGAUACUCUAAGAUUGAUAACAACCCUGAUGAAGGCAACUACCCACACAUUAUUUGAGAAAGGGUUUUCUCCCUCACGGUUCGCUGCAAACUAUACCACAUUCAAGAGCACGUUGACUAUCCUCAAAACUUUAAAAGAAGAUGAAGCCCUGUAUCACUGUGCAGUAUCCACCUGGAAUAGAGAUGAGUGGUCUGGGACUUAUUUGUCUUUGAAAGACAUAAAUACAAGAUCAUUAAACUACAGUGUUGUUCAGUGGUCAACAGUAUCUGCCCCACUUCAGCCUGGGGACUCUGUUACCCUCCAGUGUUCAGUCCUACCUCAUUCCCAGACUGGAUCCUGUCCAAGUGAACGCAGGGUGUCCUGGUUUGGAGUCAGAAAAGACGCUUUCCUUGGAAGCAUCAUCUACACAGAUCAAAAUGUAUCUUACAAUUGUGACAAGAAACCUGACACAUCAUCAGAUUCAAGAAGAUGUGUUUAUAACUUCUCAAAGAAUGUCAGCUCUGAAGAUAGUGGGACUUACUACUGUGCACUGGCCAUGUGUGGGGAGGUUAUAUUUGGAAAUGGAACCAAACUUGAAAUUGAAGUCAAAGAUGGCUACAGAUUGCCAAAUUAUGGCCUGCUUCUGAUGUGUCCUCUUGUGGCUGUAAGUGGGUUUGCCAUUGUUAUUACCAUUAUCAGGACAAAAGGGGAUUUCUGGAAAGUUGAUAAUUGUCCUCAAGGAAAUGUUGAGAAGCAGAAACUAAAGAAAGAAGAGGACACACGUAUUUACUCUACUGUUGUCUUUGGUAUAAUAAAGAAGGAAAAGAUGCAAAAGCAAUAAAGAAGGAGAAAAUCUAUGGCGCUCUAAAGCCUUUCGGAGUAGAAUAACAAGUGCUGAAAAUUAUUGGUUCUCCAUCCUGAGUUUGUGAUGUAUGAGGCUAAGGACGAGUCAGUGAGCUGAAUAUAUAAAUUCCAUUUAUUAUAACAAAAUACAGCUGGUCCAUUAUGACAUGCUGUCUUUAAGAGCUAAGAGUCAAAUGGCAUACCACAAGGGUUUCCCAUUCCCUUUGUCUCUCUGAGCUACGCCCCAAAGAGGGCGUUACCUAGUGUGACAUAGCUUACUCCAGCUCCCAUUUGCAUAUUCUAACAUGUGGUUUCCAUUAGGUUUAGCUUAGCUUUAGCUUAGCAACUAGCUAAAAGAGACAAAAGAAAAACACAGAAUUAUUUAUUCUCAACACAAGUCAAUGCCUGAACCUCUUUUUAAUCACCAUGAACCACAUAGCUGGAGCAGGAGGCCCUGUACAGCCCUACUAUCUCUUGUGACCACUAAUACUACUAACUUUCAGUGUCUUUUGUAUGUUUGCUUUUUAAAAGUUUUUUUUCUGGCAGUAGUGGCCUUCAGUUGUCUGUAAUCUGACAGGACAGGGGAAAGGAGAAGGAUGACUGCAUCAAUGUCUGCAGCCUCUGAAUACGGCGAGCCCACUAUAGCUAUUGUGCUACACAAUCUAUAGCUCUACGUAAUGUAAUUUUUAUUACAACAUAAAUUAAGUAAUACACAUCAAAACACUUGAAUACACACUGUACUAGUCUGAUCAAAAUCCUGAUCUGUUAAGGCGAGCGGAGUUGGCUUUUGAAGUCAAAGCAGUCUCAAACUGAAUAUUUUAAAAGACCCAUUCUCAUAAAACUGAUAGAGGAGAAUGUGCCAAUUGUGAAAGCAGCAAAAAAAUGGAUAAAAUACUGACAACCCUGUUUCCUGUUUUGUCUUCCUGUUUUUUUUUAACCUGUUUUAGAAAAGUGAAACCGUAAAGAAGAAAGCUUCUGCUCUCUGUUCGUUAUUAAAGUGUUAAAAUAAAAUUUGAUCAAAUUUUGCAUGUUCCUAUUUUUGUACAGUGACAGAACCGUAUACACUAGGGUUAUU